UUUCUAAAUAAGGAUUAAACUAUUAUUUAUUGGAUAAAAUUAAAAUUAAUUUCAAUUUUUAAAUUUCAACAUGCACAAGAUUAAAUGAGUAUAUUUUUUAUUUCUCAUGCAAUCGAAAGAGAAGCAUUAAACAAAGGUUGAAAUAUCAACCAAGCAAUAACAAGUCUGCCGUGGACAAAAACUGUAAUGUUUUUGCUCUUAAUUCAUUAUUAUUCAUGAAAUCUGUUUACUUUUUGUAGGUGUUAUGUUUACGUUUCUUGUAAAUCUAUUGAGAAGAGAGAAAAAUGGAACAGGAUUUGAAAGCUAAAAUUGAUCAAGCGUGCAGAACGGCCGAAGAAUUUACAAAGCUUUAUUAUGAAAGUUUGGACAAACGUAGAUACCUUAUAUCGAGAUUGUAUUUGGAUACUGCUACUUUAAUAUGGAAUGGCAAUGGUAUCGAAGGCAAAGAUAAUAUACAGAAAUUUUGGACAGAUUUGCCACCUUCCGAUCAUAAUGUAUCUGCCUUGGAUGCUCAACCGAUAACAGGUCCUGAGGUGGCAAAUCAACUAACAUUCCUUGUAAAAGUUGGAGGACAAGUAAAAUAUGAUGAUAAAUCAUCAAAACCAUUCAACCAAAGCUUUUUGAUUACCGCAAUGGGAGAUAAAUGGAAAAUUGUAAGCGACUGUUUUCGAGUACAAGAAAUACUAGAUAAUGUUAAUUAGAAUAUAAAAUAAGAAGUUCGUUUUCAAAGUGUUCAAAGAACAACUAUUUGAUUCAAUAUUCCUUUUUAUUUCUAUCGUCGGUCUCUUAUAUCAAUGUAUAAAGCGAUAUUAAAAUUUUCGUAUUAGUGAAUCAGUACGUUGGUCGAUCAUUUAGGAAUAACUUUACACGAGAAAGAAUUAAAAAUAAAUAUAGAUAUAAAUACUUAGACAUAAACGUUACUAUGAUACAUAUCGUAUAAAACAUCAAUUUCAUGUCCUUUGAUGGUUCAUCAACUUAAACAUCCAACGAUUAAUAAAAUUCUGAGAAGUUCUAGGUGUAAAACUUUUUCAACAAAACACCUAUUUAUCAAUCCAUAGUUUAUGAUAUACAUUAACACUUUAACGGCUGUGUGUGUUUGUUUUAUUGGCUCACAUUAAACCUCGGUUAUACAUACACGAUUUUUCGCCUGCAGUUAAAGUGUUAAUAAAUAGUUUUAAUAUUACCUAUAAUUACUUGAAUUUUUAAGAAAUCAUAUUGUAUAACAUUUUCUACUUAUAUUAAUCACAUUUUAAAUUAAAGUAAUAAAGAUAUUUAAGAUAGGAAAUAAUGCAAUUGAAUAAGAAUUUAUUGUUAAAUACGACAUGCAGUUUUUCGAUUAAAACAUUGACACAUGUAAUACUUAAUUCUUGAUAUAAUAAGAAUCAGAAAUAUAUUAAGAAAAUUACAAGUAAUUAUUAGGUUGAAAGUCCAACAGAAUGUUAUAGUAUACGAAUUUUGAGUCGUAAUGUUGUGUGUAUGAUUUCUUCAAAAUGAUCAUGUAUUUACAGAUAAUAUUUCAUUGAAUAUUUCGACUUGACAAACUAGAAAUUGAUCGAGAUCCGAGUGAAAAAUCUAUACACUUAGUACUUCUCGUUUCGCAAAGAUUCGUUCGUAUGAUUGCUCGUUUUUUCCCCUC